AUGUUUGGAGAGGGUCGAGAGGAGGCCGCCAGGCUAUAUGUUGCUCCACUCCUUGAAGAUGACGAGCGUCUCGCCGAUCCCGAGGCUUCCGAAGACCUGCCGCCGCCCGACGUCGAGGCAGGCAGCACACUGCCCGUCUGGUUACGGGAGUCAUCGAAAUCAUUCCGCUGGGGAUGGGUGCCGCUACCGCUCCGAAAGGUUGGGCGCGCGACCGCCAACUGGGUCAAAGGCCCAGAUCCGCCGCACACGCCUCUAUUGAAACCAUUGUUUCCGCGAGUCCAAGAACUCCCAGUCCAAUACUUUGACCGUCUUUUACCCAAGCACAAAUACAAGACUGUAUUAUUAUUACUGCUUUAUGCGUCUUGGUUCUUGCCUUGGUUCUUGAUUUUAUUGCACUCACGUUCUUCCGGUUAUAUCGAAGGGUAUGGUCAGCCUCAAACAUUGUCAUGCUCGACGAACUUUUGGGAGUUUGACAAUGGUUGCGGUGUUAAUGGAAACGAUUGCCGUCCGUUUUCUUCCUCCACCAUUCCCUUUCGGUGUCCUGCCAACUGCCGUGACACCAAACUAUUGGAGCCUCACAUCGUGGGAAAUCAUACAUACAAUUACCAAGGGCUAGUCAUUGGAGGACCACAGCCGGAUUCAUCCGAUCCAGCCCUCUACCGUGCGGAUAGUUUUGUGUGCCAGGCCGCCAUACAUGUCGGUGCAAUCUCGAACGAUGGCGGAUGCGGUGUAGUCAAGCUUGAGGGUGCUGCGCACUCUUUCCCUUCAGUGAAGCAACACGGUAUACUAUCUGCCGGAUUCCCGUCAACCUUCCCGAAGGCUUUUAGCUUCCUCCAAUUAUCCUCGCCACAAGCCAGCUGCCCGUCAGAUCCUCGGUGGACGCUCCUGGGAAUCACCGCUGCUGCUGUUGGAGUUCUCUGGCUCUUUUGUACAUCACCGCCUGUGCUAUUCUUCAGUACGUUUUUCAUGGUGUUUUGUCAUACGGGACUUGUUGGGGAUCCCCCCUCGUAUCCAUUCUUGACCGAUCUUGUGUCCAGCCUUCUAUCUCGGCUGCUGCCGGCGUCGUUUGUCGUCUACGUACUUUAUAAGUUCUGCGCGGCACCACUUUUGCAUCCGAUCUCUUCGCCCAUCUACCAAUUUUCAAAGAUGUUCCUCUUCCUGCCCCCGCUGUUCAUUGGAGCCUUGAACAACUACACCUUUGCCCGGUUGAUCCCACUGCAGCGUUUGACGCCGAUGGACAUUCAGAAACAACCUGGGGCAAAGCUGGCAUUGGCCCUCGUUAUCCCGAUUGUGAUUUCGAUUAUCCUUAGCCAAGCCUGGCAAAUCCGACAAGGCGGCCUGCUCCCGCGAUACUUGAAGAUAUAUUGCACCAUGGGAGUCAUUAUCUUGAUUCUGCUUCCUCUUCCCGGCCUUCGCCUUAGGAUUCAUCACUACAUUCUCGCCAUCCUACUCAUGCCUGGCACUGCCUUCCCCACUCGCCCCUCGCUCGUCUACCAAGGCUUGCUGUUGGGCCUCUUUAUCAACGGAGUUGCUCGCUGGGGUUUCGCCUCGAUCAUCGAGACCCCGGCAGCCUUGGGAGAACAAGUGCCGAUUGGAGACGGAAUUCAUGGCUGGUGGGGUGCUACCUACCCCAAUAUCACGAACGCAUCGGUGAAUAUCUCCCUACCAGAGUUAGGAUCGAAUCACACCUAUCGUGGCAAUGGUAACAUCACAUUCGCUCUGUGGGAACACGAGCGUAUGGCGGAUCUGGCGGUGGAUGGCAUAUCAGUUCUUCUCAAUGACGUUGAACGCUGGCGCGGUUAUCUCGAUGAAGACAAACGCGGAGAAUUCACUUGGCAUCGCCAUGGUCAUGAUGGCCUGGAGCUCCAGACAAAUCCGCCUCGCCUAGUCAAUCGCAAUGUUGACCCAAGCGUUGAACCCCAAUCAAUCCUGUUGGCCGAUAGUAAUUCUGAAGACGAACCCGAAGAUCUCUUCUUCCGGUUCGCAUUUUUGAGAGGCUCAGAGGCUGGCACAUACAGCCCGACAGGGGUCUGGCUGAGCGACGGCACAUGGUAUCCCCCUGCGCCACCCAAGGCGUGA